CAACCGAAUAAACCCCGGCCCUCUGUUUGAAUCUAGCCCGUUCCCCGUCGUCCCCCUACUCGCACCGCUGCUGCACACAUCGCUGUUCAUAACAAAUCCGACACCAAUGGUGAAGGGGUUACCCUUCAGCUCCCUGUUCUACACCACUAACUCGGCCCAGGACACGCCGCCGCCGUCACCACCAGCAGCCGCCCCACCGGCAUGGAUGUGGCCCUCUUGCAAGCACCCAAGAACCCAGUCCUUCCGGACCCCGUCCGCCGCCGCCAAGACCAUCGCGUCCCUCUUCCUUGACUCCGGCGAGUCGUCCUUCGCCAACUCCUCCGCGCGCACGACGCACCGUGUCGACUGCGCGUCCGACGACAGCCCGUCCACCGAGUCCGAGGCCUCCGCGGCCGACGACAUGGCCGACGCCAUCGUCCGCGGCCUCCGCUCCGACGACCGCCUCCUCUUCGAGCCGCAGGCGCCCUCCAGCUCCAUCCUCGAGAGGAAGCCUCCCGAGCCCGCCGCGCAUCGGGCCACCGCCGCCGCCGGCCAGGCGGCCGAGGACGCGCCGUCGUCCUCCUCGUCCUUCGGCGACAGCAUGGCCGUGGCGUUCGACUCCGCCGACCCGUACCGCGACUUCCGGGCGUCCAUGGAGGAGAUGGUGUCCGCGCACGGCGUGGGCGACUGGGAGUGGCUGGAGCGGAUGCUGGCGUGGUACCUCGGCGCCAACGGCAGGGACACCCACCCCACCAUCGUUACCGCGUUCGUCGACCUCGUUGCCUCCAUGGCGGCCUCCGCCUCCGCCUGCGCCAGCAGCUCCUCCCGCGUCUCUUCCUUCACUCUCGCCGGUACCGAGCCGGGGGAGAGCAGCAGCGCCGGCGGCCAUUUCUCCUUCCGCCUGAGGUAAAUCGGACCAGCUGCCUCAUCAUCGCAGCAGUUUCGUCAUCAUGCAUGUACUCUUGUGCCAGCGAACGUGUGUGUCUGAAUACGUGCGUUAAUUUUUUUUCUUUUGUGUGUGUGUGUGUCAACUGUAGUACGUAGUACUGUAGACCUAGCUGAUCCAGAUUGAUGAAGUUAACUGUCGUAAUAGCCCAUGAUUAAGUCAUGGACUCAUGGGUCAUGUCGAAACUAGCUUGG